AUGAUGAAGAUCCAGAAUCAUAUUUACCUUCAGAAGAGCUUCAAUUUAGACGGACCUGAUGGCCUCCAUUACUAUUAUCAUGAUCUACGAAAGGAGCAACAACUUCUGAGUCGUCGACCCAUGGGAUGCGGCGGUAUAAUGAUUUGGAAAGGUGUUAAUUACGAAUAGCCAGCCAAGUCAUUGGACUUAAAUAUUAUAGGAAAUUGUUGGAGGAAUUUGGCGAGGGUGCCAGAAUAGAAGAUAAUUCACAAAAAUUAAUGAAUUAA